AUGACAGUUUCAAAGUCCGCAGUGCAAGCCCCAGGUUCCGGCCUCGCUGCAGCGCAGACCAAAAAUCCGUCGUCGUGGGAUCCUCAAGACGACGUGUUGUUGCGGCAUUUGAAAGAGGUUAGAAAACUCGGAUGGAAAGAAAUUGCACAGUACUUCAAAAACAGAACUCCAAAUGCCUGUCAGUUUCGCUGGCGCAGACUGAGGUCCGGAAAUCUGAAAAUCACGGGGAAACCGCCAACGGACGAAACUCCAGAGGAUCAACAAGGUGCUGGAAAUGGUUCAGCCCAGGCUGGAAUAGGAAACGGAGUUUUAUCAUCAGAGGGCAAUAAUAUUGACGUGACUCUACCCGUUGGAUCGCCCCUAGUAUCUACAGCUGGAGUUGACCCACUUUCGUCAAUAACGCCUCAAUCAGUUGGAGAGCACGCGGUAGCUCCGCUUGCUUCGCGUCCUAGCGCAUUUUCCCUUGGUGAGAACCUGGGCCUAAAAUCCAACACACCCUCUAGCCUGUCUAUGCCGCAUUAUGUCCCACCUGCGAUACCUGGGACGCCGUAUAUGGACCCCCCCGUCGUUGCUUCUUCUGAACCAACACCUAUUGCAGGAUUAUCCUUUAGGACUCCGACAAACUUCUCGCAAUCGGCACACGGUUUUCCAUCUUAUCAACAGCUCCCUCAGCAGCAGGCAACUCAUUAUCAUACUGACCCGGAAAAAUUCGUGAAACCUAGGUCCUACUCGCAUACCAUGGCUCCACCAUCAGGUUUGCUAAAUUCUUCCUCUACUUCUCAUCUGCCCCCAACUGAUGCCAAAAAGACAUCAGAAGAUGAGAACCUGGGUCUCAUACCUAAAGUUCUGGUACGCUCCAGACGUGCUUCCGUUGCACAACACCCACCUCUACCGCACUCGGCUGUAUCGACAUCGGCCAUUUCGUCGGCAUCGAGUUUUAGCAAUCUUUCUGCGGGUCUCAAUACAACCUUGACGACGUCGAAACUUCGUAAGAACUCAUUUUCAUCUCGGCCACGACGUUCAUCUUUUCAAAUGGCGGCCCCAGAUAGAAACUUUUCGACCCCAUCUCGAAGAGGUUCUGUUGUGCAUGCCCCUUCGUCGGUAGCUUCAUUAACCAGACGGGAAAGCUUCAAUAAUCCUCCUUCACGCCGUGGGUCGUCCAUACAAGCCAGAAGAGAAAGUUUUGUGCAGCCCGCAAUGAUUAGGCGCGAAUCCAUUUCCAAUUAUACAGAUGUUCCUCGUUCUAACACGGCGACAUUCAACCCGGGUAUUAGAACGGCUCUGAGCCAUGCAGGCUUAGGUUCAGAACCAUCAAACUGGUCUUUGGAUGAGGACCGCCUCUUACACGAAAGACAAGAGAAGCAUCUUUCCUUAGACGAGCUUAGCAUCCUACUUCCACACAGGUCAGAGAAAGAGAUUCAGGUCAGGAUAGGAACUUUGGGCCUUCCUUCCUCCUCUCCAGCUAGCAAUUCGCCCCUUGAUUCUCCUGACAGAUCGCUCACUGAAGAUACCGCAAUCGAGGAAGAAAGCAAUGCAGAUGUCGACGAUAAUUCGCGUGCACCAUCCCAGGUGGUGUUUGAUAUUAAGAAAGAAGUAUCCCCAUCAUUAUCACUAUCUUCAGACUCCAACGGCAGAGAAAAUUCACCUGUGUUUUCCCCUCACCCCGCUAAUCGUGAUGCUUCGCCUGCUAAUUUUGAGGCAUCCACGAAGUCUGGGUUGAGUAAGUCUCUAGAGCAGUCAAAAUACGGUUACUCGCCUGGCCUGACCGAUCAUCGUGGUAUUUCAUACGCUUCUGUGAAUAGCACAAGCAACCCGGUUGCCCAUAAUGCCGCCCUGCCUCCGCUGAACAGUCUUUUCAAAAACAUAUUAUGA